AUGGCCCCCAUCGAACGCAUCACGCUCUUCAACAUCCCCAAUGAAGAAGACCGGAACCGAGUUCUCGAGCAAUACAAGGUCCUAGCGAAGACAGCGACCAAGGACGGCAAACCGUACAUUGUUGCUGCCGCAGCGGGACACUCUUUCCCGGAUCCCCGCAAUAAAGGAUACACGCUGUCCGUCAAGACAACGUUCGCUUCGAUGGAGGAUAUGAAGUACUAUGAUAAUGAGUGUGAGGCGCACAAGGCUCUGAAGGCUGUGGUUGGGCCAGUUAAGGAGGAUGUUUUGACUACGUACUAUGAGAGUGUUCUGUAA